AUGGUGCUCUUCUCGAUGCGUCGUAUGCAGCCAGUUGCUCUGGCCAUGGUACGCUCUACAGCUCGCAGUGGUCCUCGAGUUGUCCCUAUACCCGCAGCUCAACUGAGCGCUGUACAGCUCAUCUCUACCCACCACUUUGGCAGACGCUCGUUCUCUUCUACGCCAGUGAAUGGACUGUUUGAUGAUGACCGAAGCGUUGCUGCGCCUUCGGAGGUGGUGGAGAAGGUGCUGGAUACUGCCAACUCUGUUGAUUACGCCUCCGUGGCCGACCUUGGCUACGGGUUCUCAGAUAUCGCCAUUCGCUCUCUGGAUGUGAUUCACUCCACGACGGGACUUCCAUGGUGGGCGACUAUUAUUGUGACGACGGUUGCCGUGCGAACGGUCUUUUUUCCAGUCACGGUUCUUGUGAUGAGACAUUCGGCAAAGAUGAAGCUAUUUCAGCCGGAUAUGGAAAAGUUGCGGGAGGAGAUGGACGCUAACCCGACGAAAGACGGUGAUUCCGCGCUGGAGUUCCAGAAGAAGUAUAAGGCGCUAAUGAAGAAACAUGACGUGAAUCCGUUGAAAAGCAUACUUGCACCAUUGGCACAGAUCCCAGUUUUCCUUGCAUUCUUUUGGGGUUUGCAGAACAUCUCAAAAUACUUUCCUGAGUAUGCACACGAAGGAGUUGGCUGGAUUACCGACCUUUCCGUCGCUGACUCCACUAUGGCGCUCCCCGUGAUUUCCUCGGCUCUGAUGGUAGCGUCCGUGGAACUCGGUGAGAACGCAGUGUCUGGUGAAAUGAAGGACAAAAUGAAAUUCGGCAUGCGCUGCUUUGCGGUGAUGAUGGUCCCACUUACCAUGAACUUCCAGUCGGGAAUCUUCGUGUACUGGGUGACGUCAAACAUGUACACGCUGGCGCAAACGGCUUUGUUGCGGCUGAAUUGUGUCAAGCGUGCGCUUAAUAUUCCCGUCACGGAGGUACAACGCCUGGAGACAUCCAGCAUAGCGACGACUUCGCCUUUUGAAGUCGCAGUGGCUCGCGCAAAGGAGGGGACGGUUGUCAAAACUCACAUGUAUAAGCCAACAAAGCCGUCCAAAAAGAUGUAG